CAUCAUUCUGAUAUGCAAAUCCAAAUUCUCUGUAGCAGUGUUGACCGGAGCUGAGAGGGCGAGUGAUAGAGAGGGGGAGAGAUGAGAGGAGGCACAUCGUCAGAUGUUUAGUAGAUUGAUUUUGGAUCCUCGCCAUCAUUUGUGUGAUUUUUUUUAGUCUUUUCUUCACUCCGUCUGCCGGGUUCGUGACAUCCUGCGGCUCUCCAUGCUGUAAUCCGGGGGAAUAUGUGAAGAUCAUGCUGGCGGUGUGGUGCUUCACGGUCUUUGCUGCAGUGGGCGAGAGGCUUGCAGUCUCAGGUGUUGACAGGAACCUGGAGCAGGAUGGAAGCAUGUGGGACUGGUUUGCCCCAGUGGGCCGGGCGGAGAGUGGGGACACUGCAACCGAGAUCAUUUAUCCAAAGCGCCUCGUACAGCAAAUCAAGUCAGAAGAAGAAAUGGCUCAUGACUACUUGGGUACCAGGGUGAAGAAUAGCACCGGGGACACCUUGCCUGUCCACUUGGCCCAGAGCUGUUUCCAAGUAGAAGCCUUUGGACGCACCUUCACUUUAGACCUGGAAUUAAAUCACCAUCUUCUGUCUUCAGAUUAUGUAGAACGGCACUUUAACCAGGAUGGCAGUCCCUUUCAGUCUGUGGGAGGGGAACACUGCUACUAUCAGGGAAGGUUAAGAGGUUUACCAGAGUCCUGGGCAGCUGUCUCCACAUGCCAUGGCUUGUGUGGCAUGUUCUCUGAUGGCUUCUUCUCUUACGGUAUUGAGCCCUUUCACAAUGACAGCAAUCAGUAUGAUGGUGCUCACCUAAUACGCAGGAUGCCUGAUAUCAGACUUCCGGCCCAUUGUCCAGACUGUACAGAGGACAGUGAGUGGGAUGGCAGAGGAGGUGAUGGUGAUGAUGAUGACAGACCGGACCAAGUGAGGGAGCAGCAGGCGUCUGGGGGUCUGCCGGUCCAAGCGAAGUGUUCGCAAGCCUCUGUGCAGACUGAGACCAAAUAUAUUGAGCUGAUGGUGGUCAAUGACAAUGAUAUGUUUGUACAGCUGCGUCGCUCAAGCAGCCAAACCAAGAACUUUGCCAAAGCUGUGGUCAACACGGCGGAUACGAUCUAUCAGGAACAGCUCAACACAAGGAUUGUACUGGUCGCCAUGGAGACCUGGACCUCUAAAAAUAUGAUGCCAGUAGUGGAAGACCCAUUGACAACGCUGCAAAACUUCAUGAAGUACAGGAAGGACAACAUCAGAGAGCAGAGUGAUGUAGUCCAUCUUUUCUCAGGGCGUAACUUUCAUAGUAGCCGUAGUGGGACAGCCUACACAGGAGGGGUGUGCUCUCCAACAAGAGGAGGAGGAAUUAACGAGUAUGGAAAUGUAGGUGCGAUGGCCAUCACUUUGUGCCAGAGUCUUGGCCAGAACAUUGGGAUGAGGUGGAACAAUGCACGUAACUCUGCAGGAGACUGCAAAUGCCCAGAUGCCUGGGUGGGAUGCAUCAUGGAAGACACAGGAUUCCAUCUGCCCAGAAAGUUUUCUCGCUGCAGCGUUGACGAGUACAUCCAGUUCUUGCUCCAGGGAGGUGGCAGCUGCCUGUUCAACAAGCCCAACAAGCUCUUGGACCCUCCUGAGUGUGGGAACGGGUUUGUGGAGCCAGGAGAAGAGUGUGAUUGUGGAUCCCAGCUGGAAUGUGCCCGUAGGGGAGGAGCCUGCUGUAAAAAGUGCACCCUUACCCAUGAUGCCAUGUGCAGUAACGGACUCUGCUGCAGUGGCUGCAAGUAUGAGCAGAGAGGCGUGGUGUGUCGACAGGCUGUGAAUGACUGUGACAUCCCGGAAACUUGCACUGGAGACUCUAGCGAGUGCCCUCAUAAUGUCCACAAGCUAGAUGGAUACAUGUGUGAUAAUAGUCAGGGACGAUGUUACAGUGGACGAUGUAGGACACGUGAUGGACAAUGCAAGGGGCUCUGGGGCUAUAAUUCAGCAGACAGGUUUUGUUAUGAGAAGCUGAACGCUGAGGGGACAGAAAAAGGAAAUUGUGGCCCCGGUCCUGAUGGCCAAGGCUGGCUCCAGUGCAACAAGCCAGAUGUUUUAUGCGGGUUCCUGUUCUGUGCUAAUGUGACAAUGAAGCCAAAGUUUGGAGACCUCCAAGGUGAAGUGACCAGCUUCACCCUCUAUCACCAGAACAAGUACUUGGACUGCAGGGGUGGCCAUGCUCUGCUAGAGGACGGCACAGACCUGGGCUAUGUGGAGGAUGGCACUCCAUGUGGUCCCAACAUGAUGUGUUUGGAGAGACGCUGCCUCCCUGUGGCUGCAUUCAACCUCAGCACAUGCCCAGGAUCCAACUUCGGACGCAUUUGUUCUGACCAUGGGACCUGCAGUAAUGAAGUGAAGUGUAUCUGUGAUAGGGACUACACCGGGAAGGACUGCAGUGUCUUCGAUCCCAUCCCUGAGCCCACGGUCGCAACAGGCCCAGAGAAGAAAGGUCCAAGUGGCACCAAUAUCAUUAUAGGGUCCAUCGCAGGUGCUAUUCUCCUGGCAGCUAUAGUCCUAGGGGGAACAGGAUGGGGAUUUAAGAACAUUCGAAGAGGAAGAUCUGGUGGAGGAUAAGAUCUGUCUGUCUUUCUGUCUCUGUGUCCUGUCCACUUCUGUCUUCCUCCUCGCACUGUGUCAUUUCACGUUGAAGAAGAGGGGAACA